CAUGCCCGCGGGGCCGGGGCGCGGCGCGGCCAUGGAGGCGCCGCUGCGGCGGCGGCGGCACCGCGCCCCGUACAAGGGGCCGGCGGCGCCGCCCUGGAAGGAGACUUACCGCCGGCGCUGCGUGGAGAGGCUGCGCAACAGCCGCGCCAAGCUGCUGGACCGGUACCGGCAGGCCGGGGAGCGCCUCGGCGCCUCGGCCGCGCUGCUCGUGCAGGAGGUGAUGGAGCAGGAGUGGCAGGCGCUGCGCUCGGCCGCCGGGAGCCUGCCCUGCCCGCGCGCACCGCAGCCCUUGGCCCAGAUGCUAGAGGACCCUGAUGAAGUAGCAGUACUGGAAGAAAUCCAGCAUGAACUGGUGUUGCAAGAACAGCUGGUUAUAGAAGAGUAUGAGCGAAGUCUUCAGUUUGAUGAAGAAUGUCUCAAUGCGAUGCUUGAUGGCUUGGAUGCCAGUGACAAGAUCAUCUGCCCUGUGUGUAGAAAGAACAACUUGACCGUGAGGAAUCACUUGGUUUUUUGCCAGUGUGGGUUAUACAUCCUUACACAGGAUAUGACAGAGGAGAAGCUUCGAUCACUUCUAGAAAACACUAUAACAGAGCACAGUUACAGGUGCUUUCACAAUCCAGAGUUUACUGUUACCAGUGGAAUGGAGGAAGAAACCAGUCUCCUCAUGAGCUGUUCGGUCUGUGACUCUUGGACGAUUCUCCUGUAACUUGAUUUGGCUGCUGUUUUUUCACUGGAAGAACUUCUUGAGGUUAAAAUCUGCCCAGAGCUGCUAAUAUUAUGUAUAUACUUGUAACUGCUGUGUCAAAAGCAUAUUUGACAAGGCAGUAGUAUUGCCUUACUUGCACUUUUGAUGACACAGUAAGUAUUUUGGAAUAAAUAUACCUAGUUUA